UAUUGUAAAGUGAUAGAACCAUGACGUUAAAAAAGGUGAAUCCGGAUUUGCAAAAAGAGAGAGCGACUUGUACCUUCAAUGUUGAAGAGUUAACUAACAUAUUGGAUACAGGAGCUGAAAUCACAGCUAUUAGAAGAGCAGAAGAGGAACGUGUGUUGAGUGUAAAGGAGAUUAGAGAUGAAAUACCUGAAGAAUAUUUGAGUCACAAAGAGAAAUAUGAAAACGCCAUACGAAAAGCGGUUAUACUGCACAAAGUUAUGAACACCAAUGCUAAUGAUGGAAUGUCUAGUCUUCGGAGUUCCAUCGGCGCAGCAAUUUUUAAAGAUGGCUCCCCAUUUGCUUUACAUAACGGAAUGUUCAUGCCCACAUUGCUGGGGCAGGCUGAUGAAGAACAAAAGAAAUACUGGUACACGAGAGCGAAGAACAUGGAAUUUAUUGGCACAUAUGCACAGACAGAGCUCGGACACGGAACGUUUAUUCGUGGUCUGGAAACACAAGCUACAUAUGAUGAGAAGACUGAAGAGUUUAUUUUGCACAGUCCCACGUUGACUGCUUACAAAUGGUGGCCUGGUGGUCUGGGGCACACGACAAACUAUUGCAUAGUUAUGGCUCAACUUAAAAUUAAAGGCAAAUCAUAUGGUAUGCAGCCAUUUAUAGUUCAAAUAAGAGACGAGGAGACACACAUUCCAUUGCCCGGGAUAAAAGUGGGUGAAAUAGGUGCUAAACUUGGGUUUAAUACAGUAAAUAACGGGUAUCUUGGCUUUGAUAAUGUGAGAAUACCAAGACGAAACAUGCUGAUGAAGAACUGUCAGGUUUUAAAGGAUGGUACUUUUAAGUCUGCCCCUAACAGCAAGUUGGCCUACGGAACGAUGGUGAUGGUGCGUGUUGCUAUAGUUUACAGUUCAGCUGAUUAUCUUGCCCGAGCUACAACUAUAGCUGUGAGGUAUUCCGCUGUCAGGCAUCAGUCACAGAUCAAAGUAAAUGAACCUGAACCCCAGAUCUUGGACUUCGUGACGCAGCAGCACAAACUAUUUAUUGCCAUCGCUACGAGUCACGCGUAUUUCUAUUCGGCGUAUUGGCUGCAGGAUCUUUACACAAAUUACUUAAAAGAAAUGGAAAGAGGAAACUAUGACAGACUGCCCGAGCUUCAUGCACUAGCAUGUGUCCUGAAGGUAAUCAGCUCCUCCGACUGCACAGCGCUGAUCGAGAAGUGUCGCUUAUCUUGUGGUGGGCAUGGCUUCAUGCUGUCUUCAAACUUACCACAUAUAUAUGGACUUUGUACUGCCUCUUGCACGUAUGAAGGCGAGAACACCGUACUGCUGCUGCAGACUGCAAGGUCAUUGGUGAAAGCUUGGAAUGAAUCUUCAAAGGGCGGAACUUUGAGACCAACGAUGGCAUAUCUAGCGGACCGCUCGCCAGCUGCCGAGUGGGACAGCUCUCUAGAUGGAAUUAUUAAAGCAUUCCAGAAGGUUUCUGUUGGAAAGUUAUCAACAAGCGUGUCGAGUUUAGCUCAAUAUACAGCCAGUGGUCUGGCUCCUGAAGACGCUUGGAACAAAACCUCCGUCCAGCUUAUUGCAGCUGCUGAGGCGUAUGGUCGUACCGUAGUAUUAUCCAUAUUUAAGAAUGAAGUAGAGAAGUACGCUAAAACAGCAUCAAAAGAAGUAAAAAGUGUCCUCUUCGAUUUGGUCGAGUUAUACUUUACGCACAUGGCGCUAGAAAAAAUGGGAGAUUUGCUAUUGUUCACCAAGUUAUCACAGAAAGACGUUAGCGGUUUACAAAGAAAAUAUGAAAACAUGUUGGAGAAAAUUCGACCUAAUGCUGUUGGCUUAGUGGAUGCUUUUGACUACAGGGAUGAGGUGCUAAAUUCAACUCUAGGAGCAUAUGACGGCAUGGCAUACGAGCGUCUGAUGGCCGAAGCUGCCAAGAGCCCGCUCAACACAGAACCUGUCAAUGACACCUUCCAUAAAUAUUUGAAACCCCUAAUGAAAGGAAAAUUGUAAUAAAUUUUUAAUUAUG